UCCUUAUACAGGGAUAAUAUAUAUAUCAAUAUACACAUAGGCAUGUGAUUGUUUUUGUCUGUGUGUUUUCUGUAAGCUAGAGUAUAUCUCAUCUGUUUAUUACUGUGUUCUUCAAAGAAAAUUGAUCAUGGAAAUGACAAAAUUACGCAAAGAUUAUGAACAUAUAUUGGAAAUAUCGGUAUACCGACGAGUAGCUGUCACACUAUGUACUUCGGCUCCAGAAUCUACUGUUCAUGAUUUCAUGAAAGAGAUAUCACACGAGCUGUAUGAUAUCACUAAGGAAGUUAAAUAUCAACAGCUCCCAUACAAUGAAGUCGAGAAAUUCAACUUCAAAGACAAGGAAAUAGACGCCAUGAUACUCUGUCAUUCUAUUCAAAACAGAGGGUUUGCCCUCACAGAUGUGAAGGAUGCAUUAUAUACAAGGUUCCUUCCUAUAGCUGUAAGGGAGCUAGGUAAAUCAAAAGUUGGGGUGAUCGUGCAUGAUUUGCCGACAGAGACGAUCCUCGAUGACAAUGAAUACGAAGUAAAGAUGGAAUCAUUUCGUCGUCAACAGCCAACCACUUUUAAGAAUGCUUCAAUGGUUUUUAUCAGCGGUCAACUGUCUAACUCUCCCAGUCAACUUGGGCCUGGUAACUGGACUGAACUUCAAACUUUUAUCGCAAAGGCAUCUAGAUUCUCAGAAGCACCACCAUAUAAAGCUCUUCGGAAGGUUCUUCUACCAGCAGUUAUAGUCUUUCUAGUUUUACUUUCACUGAUUCUCCUCUUCAGCAUUGUAUUGUCCUGAAAACUGAUGAUAGGUUCUUUAACUUUUACGUGGAUUCUUGCUUGACACUUUAGUUGAUUGAUGCUUGUAAAUUGAUAUUACGUCAUGUCCGAUGAAUGGUAAAAUAUUUACCAUGACUGGCUCUAAAUAAAUAGUUUCAUCUAUAACAUAUAUCUGCAUGAUAGUUUUUUACUAUCGAUGACUUAAAUUGCACUUUAUUAAUUCAUAGGCCUAUUUUAAUGCAUACAUUUCAUGCAACAAGGAAGUGUUCUUCUGUUUUGGCUAAGUUCUUGAAAAACGAUAACUUAAUUAAACAAUAAACUUCUUGAAAACGAUACUUCAUCAUUCCCCCAUCUUAACUCGAGAUGAUGCUUUAUCGACAAGCUUAGAUCUGAGGUGCUGACUUAUAUUGUUCUAUUAUAUUUGAGUAGAUCCAAUGCCAAUUCACCAACAUAUCAAACUGAACUGAUGGUUACCAACUGAGAUAAGGUAAACAUGUGAAACUACACUCCUACACACCUCUUGGAGGACCAAUCCAUUUGGAGUGAACUAAAAGCCUAAAAAGUGCAUUAUAACACCUUCUGGAGUAAACGCCACUGUCAAAAGAUACAAAUCACACUCCAAAAAGAUGAGCCCCUCGCUUGCACUCCGACAGGAGUGAGUCUUACGGAGACAUGAUUUUGCUCUUCUGCAUGUAGAUGUGUAUCUGAGAGAUAAGGGACAACCCAAACUUAAAAUUGGAAGCAAAUCACUCAGUCCAUCCCCUUCCUCAGCUUUAAUUCAUCACACAGUGAAGGAGGGGUGAGGGGAUAGCGGCCUUGUUGCUCUUUUAUGGAGUGAAACGCCACAAUGAAAACCGGAUAAUUUAUACCUGUAUGAUUUCGGAUCAUUUUAAGAGAAUAAAAAUUGAGGAUUAAUGAAAUGAUUUAAGGGAAUUCACGUUGAAUAUGAGUUUAGCCACGUGAACCUUUUCUAACAGAACAAUAAUUCCCCAAAUUCAUCUUAACUCUAAUUCCCCUUAACUCUGAAAUAAUCUACCUCAAAAUAUGAAACAAGCAGAUUCAAUAGACAGAUUCAAGUCCAUGUUAAAAACCUCUUUUUUCGUUAAAUGGCCCUUUCCCUUAUAGUCGUGUUAUCAUUUUAGUCCCUCAACUGUCUCACAGUCUCCCAGGGGCCCAGUCAAAUGUAUUGCUGUACACACGCAUGGCCAAAUUAUUUCCAAACACCCCCUAAACGAGUUUUUCUCUGUGUGCAAAAGAACCCCCUAAACAAGUUUUUCGCGGGCUUUAUUUACACAUUUACUGUUCAUAAAUAUAAUCCUUUCAAUGAUUCAGGGCUGGAUCCAUGAUACUUUGAUCAGGGGACGGGAGACGAAAGAUGACCUGUAAGGCGAUU